AUGUCUUCACUUUUACUCUUGCAAAAACUCUGUCCCUCUCGUUGAGAUUCCGAAAUUCCGACACAAACCCAAAAAAAAAAAAAAAAUCCCUUUUAAAUUUACUUCUAUCCAAACGCGCGUUUUACCUAAGCUAAACCUCACUUCGCUACUCAAAUUCCAUUUCCAUGGAUCCUCCACGCCGAGCACCCCGCACCAUAAUCGACCCCGUCCCUAAAUUCCGUCAAGUCGGUUUCUUCGCUCCCGGAGCCCCACCCGAUCGCUCUCUAUCGGGUCCACCCGACCCGACUCACUCUUCUCACCCUAUCGCCGACACCUCCGCUUCUCUUUCACCCGUUAUGAUCCCUCCGCCGCGUCAUCUUUCUGAUAACCUAGCUCUUCACGCUCGUUCCGCCGCUUUGCCUCGCCGUGCUGAGUCGAUUACUGUUGGGGGAAGUAACUCUGAUGCUCCCGUUUCGCCGGCGCCGUCGUCUUCGUAUUCGAGUAGGGUUGUUGUUGGUGGUGACCGAGGGUUUUUUGAUGGGAAGGGGAAUGAUGCUGGGAAAGUUGUGGCGUCUUCGUUUCCGAGAGGGGGGUUUGAUUUGACGGCGUUGAAGGGGAAUGGUGGUGGUGUUGUUGUUCCGGCGAGUGGGUUGACUACUGUUUCUGUUGUUAAUGAUUCGCUUGGGAUUCCUGAAAAAGAAAAAGCAAACAAAGGAGGAGGAUCAGCUGGGGAAAUGAAAGACCAAUCUACUAAUUCAAAACAGGAGAAACCAAAACCCACAAAAGCUGAAAGACGUGCAAUUCAAGAAGCUCAACGAGCUGCAAAGGCUGCUGCGAAAGGCGAAGGAAAUAAGGCGUCUGCAACUGCUGCAUCAGUGAAUGCAAAACCCGCUAAAGCAGUAAAGCAAGCACAAAAAGCUGAUAAUGCAUCAGUUGCAGCCUCUGAGAAGAAGGGGAGUGAUUUCUCCCAUGAAAAAGAUAGAAAGAAAGAUGCUCCUCAACCGCGCUUGCAGUAUGAUGACAAGAGCCGGGUGGAGAAAGCUAAACGUCGUUCUGUAGUGAAACACACUGAGGCUAGGAACAGAGUUGAGUUAUUCAGGCAUUUACCACAAUAUGAACAUGGGAGUCAGCUUCCAGAUCUUGAGGCAAAGUUUUUCGAUCUUGAGGCGUUGCAUCCUGCUGUUUAUAAGGUUGGUUUGCAGUACAUAUCUGGAGAUAUAUCUGGUGGCAAUGAUCGUUGUAUUGCAAUGCUCCAAGCAUUUCAAGAGGCCAUCAAAGACUACAAGGUUCCACCUGAGAAGAGUCUUGGGAGAGAUUUGACAGCAAAAAUUGGCAGUUAUGUAUCAUUUCUUAAUGAGUGCCGACCUCUGUCAAUCAGCAUGGGAAAUGCAAUUAGAUUUCUCAAGAGUCAGAUAGCCAAGCUACCUUUAACCUUGUCUGAGGCAGAAGCAAAAACUUCUCUCCAGUCAGAUAUUGAGCGUUUUAUCAGUGAAAAGAUCAUACUUGCCAACAAGGUGAUAGUCAAGCACGCUGUCACCAAAAUAAGAGAUGGGGAUGUUCUUCUAACAUACGGGUCAUCAUUGGCAGUUGAAAUGAUUCUCUUACAUGCACACGAAUUAGGAAAACAAUUUCGUGUUGUGAUAGUUGACUCUCGUCCAAAGCUUAGAGGCCAACAGUUACUCCGCAGGCUUGUGGAGAAAGGUCUUAACUGUACAUACACUCAUAUAAAUGCUGUUUCUUACAUAAUGCAUGAAGUUAGUCGAGUUUUUCUGGGUGCUGAAUCGAUACUUUCUAACGGAACGGUAUAUUCAAGAGUGGGGACUGCAAGUGUUGCAAUGGUUGCUCAUGCAUCUCGUGUACCAGUCAUAGUAUGCUGUGAGGCCUAUAAAUUUCAUGAAAGGGUACAGCUAGAUUCAAUUUGCUCGAAUGAACUUGGUGAUCCAGAUGCCAUUUCAAAUGUUCAGGGUAGAGUGGAUGUCAACCACUUGGAUGGUUGGUCCGAUAUUGAAAAUCUGCAACUUCUAAAUCUGAUUUAUGAUGCAAUGCCUUCAGAUUACGUUUCAAUGAUAGUCACAGAUUAUGGCAUGGUUCCUCCCACAAGUGUACCUGUAAUUGUAAGAGAAUAUGGGAGAGAACAGGUCUGGAUAUAAGUUAUUCAAAUGCAAAGGACUGUUAGGAAUGGAUUGUAAGCGAAUAUGGAAAAGAACAGGUCUGCAUAUAAAUUAUGCAAUGCGAAUGCCUGGUAGGAAUAAAUUUUGAAAUUAUUGUAAUUCAUGUUUAUUAUUUUCCAUAUUGGAAUUAUGCACCUCUUUGUUAGGAAAUUUUAGACAAAUCUAUAUUCAGCUGUCCUAGCGAAGAGAGCAAACAUUUUGCCUCUCCAGGCAGAUUUAGCUAUGUAUUUUCAUUCACAACAGUUCUUUCUUUCUUUUAUAUUGUUUUCAUGUUUUGGAUAAUUUGUUUCACAAUUUUGGCUUCUCAA